UUGCAGGUGGACCAACCCCUAAAUUGAUGGAGAGGCCGUCUUCGAUCCGGAAGACGGGGAAGUCGCACGUCCGUGCCGAGCCUGCCGUUUUCCCCUCUCCACUCGACACCCAUCUCGUUCGUCUUUGAGCCAGAGUGAAAAUCCGCGAGAGAAAAGCGAAAAAUGUCGUCAGUGGACGGAAUGCGUGGUGAUUGCGGUGCGAAGGGAGACGAACUGGUGAAACCCCUUCGGGGAAGGGUGUCGGAAUCAUCCGUCCCGAAACGAAGAGUCUACGGGUGCUGCGGAAGCAUCUCCAUCAUCGACUACAAAGAUGUGCCCCUUUACCUGGCAGGAAAUCCUUACAUCACCAGUGGAUACAGGCCGAAGCUCUCGCCGCUGGAAUGCAUCAAGAGCAUGUUCUGUUGGACGAACGAAAGCAUCAACAUAUGGACACACGUGUUCGGAGUGAUUUGGCUCCUCACAGUCCUCCUCAUGGAUCUCUCCCUCCUCCGAGAACUUGCACCUGCUCCUUCCGAUGUCAUCGUGGCCGUCCUCAUGAUGGUCUCCUUCAUGAUGUGCCUGGCCCUUUCGGUGGUGUUUCAUGUGUUCAACUGUGUGUCGGAGAUCGUCUGCUACACCACAUUCAAGUGGGACGUCGUCGGAGUUGCCCUUGCCACGUUCACCUUCUACUGGACUGGGAUCUAUCUCGCUUUCAUCUGCUACCCAUUCUGGAGGUACUUUUACUGGGCGUCGGCAUUCACGGUGUUCCUGGUCACCGUGGGACUCCAUCACUGGGACGACUUCCUCACGGACAAGUACAGAGGCUGGCGCAUGUUCCUCUUCGUCAUCUGGGCCAUCUACGGCUUUGUUCCCCUGUGCCACUGGUAUUUCCUGUACGGUGGCUUCGAAAACGAAUGGGUCCAGGCAAUUGUGAUUCGAGUCAUCAUCCUCUACGCCUUGGUUGGCAUGGGUUUCUUUUUCUACUUGAGCCGAUUCCCCGAGAGGCUCAAACCAGGCUGGUUCAACUACGUAGGCUCCUCGCAUCAAUUAUGGCACGUGUUUGGAGUGCUCUCCUUUUAUUGGUGGCACUGUGCUGGCCUCCAAAUGUUCUCCUACCUGCGUACGUACGGCUGCCCGGCAGAUUCACCAGUGGACCCGCUCAGACACCUGGCCAAUACGACGAACUCUUCCCUUCAUCCACAAUGAAGUGAUAAAGAGUGGUCUUUCGACCUCCCUUUAUCACCUCGAUCAUUUCUCGACCUAUAUCACUUUGUUCAUACUGAAUCUCCCGAAAUAUCAAUCAGGGUAUUGCUGUCAAUGUUAUUUUGUUAUCGGUACUGUGAUACCUGGCCGAUGGAUCUAUGUAUCUAUGUUGUUAAUACGUUACGCUUUGUAAUAGAAUUUGAAACUGAAAUCCUGGAAAUGAUUUUAGUUUUGAAUUCCGUUCAAGAAAUGGUUGACUGCUUCCAAGGAAUCUUGGGAACAUCAGUGAAAAAGUGAAAUAGUGAAAUAUACUGACUAUGUUCUAUGGAUGUAAUAUUACUUUUUUGUUGUUGAAAAAGAACUGCAUAGUUGUGCUGAAUUUUUCUACAGGGCUCUUCAAUUACAUUGGGUCCUCGCAUCAAUUUUGGCACAUUUUUGCUGUACUUGCUUUCUGGUGGUGGCACAACACAGGUAUCAAGUGCUUUUACUACCUCAAGACUUACGGCUGUCCAUCAAACUCAACUCUGAUGACAUCCUCCAUUCUCAUGCCAGUUCACAUGCAUGAACUUUGACUCUCCAUGACUUUAUUCAGCUGUUUUCAAGUUAUUGUCCUUAUUUGUGAUGUUGCCUGAGACUCCCCAUAAAAAAACCUCUGAAAAACAUCAAUGUUGGUGAAACCUGACCUAUACUUCAGAGUAGGACCAGUAGGCCUACUUCGAGUGAACUAGUCGAACCAUUUUUUUCUACUCGCUUUUAGGGCAAUCACCAUCUUUUUGAAUAGUUUUUCAGACUAUAGAGGUUGUCAUACCAAACAGGAGGCAAUACUGUCGGUUUUGCUUGAGAAAAUAACAGUGCCAGCUUCUGAUUUUUUAAUUUGUUUUCUUUCCUUUUAUGUAUAAUUUUUUCCUUCUUAAAAGUUUCUCUGCACUUGAAAAAGGCCACGCCUGCUUGAACACAAACUCCAUUGAGUAAACCUGGCAGAUGUGCUCAUAGAAAAUAAAAGAAGUCCCCAUAGGAGAUGCAGUAAUACCUGGAAGUUAUUGGAAGUUACACUGGAGCUUCCUCUACCAAAGAAGGUUCUCUCAUGAUGAGAAAUGCUAAGUUAUAUUGCAUGUCCACUGUGAAAGAAAAAGAAGUUAUUGUAGGGGCAUUACUGGCAUUCUGGAAGACAUUCUUCAACUUGCAUCAGAUGAAGCUUCAUCAUCAACUUCUUUUAGGUCAAUUCUCUGAAUUGUGAAAAAAUCCCAACACAAUCUUUUACAUAAUUUGCAUUGGUAGGAGUGGCCUGAUUCUUUUUGGAAUUUGUACAAGGCAUGAGUCAUGUUGAAAUGAGAAAUAUAAUUUUAUUUUAAUCCUCCUUCGUUCUUAAAAAUAAAACACAGAUGGC